UUAUACUCACACUUUGAAUCUUGGGAUAGAUGGAUCUUGCCUCUGCCACUGGAAAUUAUGCCCCAGGGUAAGAAUUUUAUCUUAACAAGGAGCUGGGUCACAGCAAGGUGGAAUUUUCCACUUUCUUUAUCAUCCCCAAGAAUCUUGUCAGCCCCCUAAAAAACAACUUUUCUUCAACACCACUUUGUGUAGAGAUCCAAAAAUAUUCAACCUCUGUAACUGAGCAAGCUCUUUAUUUAAUUCGGUGCCAUCUCGUUUCCUAAUUAUAAGUACUUUGGUCAUGGACAAGGAAGCUCUGCUGAUCACUGAACACCAGUUGAGACUUCUGGUCUUGUCUAUCUGCUUUCUGCCCUCCUUUCUUCUUGGGGAGGACUUGCUUAGCUGCGAAACUUCACUUCCAGAGGCCUCUUGGUCCCUCUGCAUCGAAAAUGAGUCUCCGAAACGGUGUCAUACGUUCGCCGUACUUCGCGCGACCUACUACUCCUCCCUCUCCAAUCUGAGCUUAUACUUGGGUAUCGGCAAAUCCAUAGUUGCAGAGGCUAAUGGCUUUUCUGCAGACACAGAGUUCCUUCCCCUGGAUCAGCCUUUAGCAAUCCCAGUGGAAUGCAAAUGCAGCGGCAGGUCGUUCCGGGCAGAGCUGAUAAAGAAUACGAUACGCGGAGAGAGCUUUCGGGGCAUUGCUGAAUCUCUCGAAGGCUUAACAACCUGCCGAGCUAUCCAAGAGGCGAACCCGGGUAUUCCUCAAUUCAACCUUAAUGGAAAUGUCCAGUUACAUGUGCCACUGAAAUGUGCUUGCCCUUCUUCUGAAACUAGUCCUGGUGUCUUGCUCACUUAUCCUGUAAGCAAAGGAGACACUUUAUCAGGCUUGGCCUCGAAGUUCAAUACCACUCCUCAAGCUAUCAUAUCUGUCAAUAAUAAAUCGCUAGGAAAGUUCGAUCCCCGAAGGCUGAUUCCAUCGACAUCCAUUUUAAUUCCCAUUCAUGGUCGGCCUAUGCUCGGUUCUGCCGCUAGACCCCACGAGCCAAUCUUGGAUUUUGAGGACGCUAGCAAGCCGAUAGUCCAUCGACACAAGAAGAAAUCAAGAAUGUGGGAGCCUUGGAUUUACGUUACUGCAAGUAGUGUGGCGGUUGGGAUUAGCGGGGUGAUUGUGGCGGUCAUAAUGGUAAUGCAUCACAAGAGGAGGAACCGGAAUUUAUGCAAGCCAGGGAGUCUAGCGGAUGAUGUGGAGCUGCAGCAACUCAGCUUGAGCGUCCGAACCACGAGCGACAAGAAAGUUUCCUUCGACGGUUCGCAGGGUCCCCUGGACGGUCAAGUUAUCGACGCCACACCGCGCAAGAUGCAGGUUGAGAUGUACACGAUCGAAGAACUUAAGAGGGCCACCGAGGACUUCAAUGUGAGUAACCAGAUCGAGGGGUCCGUCUACCACGGCCGGCUCGGUGGGAAGAACUUGGCAGUGAAGAUGGUAAAGACGGAAACUUUCGCAAAGAUCGAGUUCGGGCUAUUCCAUGACGCCACCCACAAGCACCCCAACAUAAUCAGACUUCUGGGGACGUGUCCGACCGAAGGCCCAGAUUCUUAUCUUGUCUUCGAGUACGCGAAGAAUGGAUCGUUGAAAGACUGGCUUCAUGGAGGCUUGGCGAUCAAGAGCCAGUUCAUAGCUUCGUGCUAUUGCUUCUUGACAUGGAGCCAAAGGCUGAGGAUUUGCCUUGAUGUGGCGAUGGCCUUGCAGUACAUGCACCACAUAAUGAACCCGAGCUAUGUGCAUACGAACGUGAAGAGCCGGAACAUCUUCUUGGACGAAGAAUUCACCGCGAAGAUCGGGAAUUUCGGCAUGGCUUGCUGUAUCCAGGAUGGCAGUGGAAAUGCACCAGCCGACGAGCCAGACUCUUGGAGCAAGGCAUAUUUAGCACCUGAAUACAUAAGUCAAGGCACCAUAUCACCUGGCCUCGACAUUUUUGCAUACGGCGUUGUCUUGUUGGAGGCACUAUGUGGUAAAAUGCCGAUGACCAGGUCUGAGAACGAGGGAGAGGAAGCAGUUUGGCUGUCGGACCAAAUUCGGUCGAUUCUCCGAUCAGACAAUGCGGAUGAGCUCAGGGAAUGGAUGGAUGACGCUCUGGGAGAAGAUUACUCAUUCGACGGAGCAGUCACGUUGGCCAAUCUUGCGAGAGCCUGCACGGAGGAAGAUCCAUCUACACGGCCAAGUGCCGGAGAAAUUGUUGAGAGGCUGCUGAGGUUAGUGGAAGAACUGCCGGGAGAACAGAGCGUGGUGAAUGAGAGCUCCUGUAAGCCUCUGGUGCAGGCUGCUGCUACCAACCCGCCGUAAAUAACUGUUUGGAAACUGAAACGUUUCGGUUUUGAGUUAUGAUCAGGUCAUUACAAGUUUAUUUUCUGGCCAAUGUCCUAGUUCUUGUCAUGUACAUUCGCUGUCGAACCUAAAUUCAAAUUAGAAGCAUGCCCACACUCUGUAUCCCUCCUUUUUCAUGCAUCAAUAAAAGUGUCUUUAAGUCA